GGUUAUUUAGAUUUUGAGGAUGAAAUGCAUGAGUAUCAUACUUUUGCAUUAAAUUGUCAACAAGAAAUUGAAUCAAUAUCUAAAAAUAAUGAUUCAGUAUUUAAUGAACAAAAACAUGAACUUGCAACACAAAUUCAUCAAAUUGUUUGGCAUUCAAUUACGCACAACUUUUCAUUCUCGAUUUCAUAUAUGGAAUUAGAACUAUUGGAUCAGUUUGUGAUGGAGCUGGUGAAAAUAGAACACAUUAAAAGUUGGGAUUGGAUUGCAUCUAAGCAUACUGGUGAAAAAAAUUUUCGAGAAAUAAUGUUUGAAAAUAAAGAAAUCAGUUGGAAACAUAUUAAAGGAGUUUAUGAACAUACAAGUAAACAUGUUACAUCAAAAGUAACAAAAUUAACAAAACGACAUAUAUGGUUAACAUCAUGGUCAAAAAUGCGUGUUGAUCUUGCAGAACAAACAUUAUCAAAAGAAGUUGAAGAUGCUUUAGAAUCUAUUGAUGAACUUAAAUAA